AUGGGUGUCCUCAAAUUUAUUAGAGAUAAUUACUAUAUAUCAAUCUUCUACUUCUUCUUUAUAUUUAUAUAUAUAUUCAUCAUGGGUAUUGAUAAAAAGUUUUUAGCAAAGAAGGCUCCAUCUACAGCUUCAGCAUCUGCUGGUGCUAGAAAGUUGGUUGGUUCAGCUGGUGCUAAACCAGCAGCCAAGGCAACUGCAGUUGUUGCUACCAAGAAGCCUGUCAUUGCUGCUUCAAAGAAAUCAAAUAUAGAACAACCAAAGAAAAAGGUUGCCGUCGUACAACAAGAGGAAUCAGAAUCUGAAGAAGAUGACGAAGAAUUUGUUUCAGCUGAAGAAGAUAUUCCAUCUGAUGAGGAGGAUGAAACUACAGAAAAGAAUCAAUUAUUUGAAGAUAGUGAUGAUGAAAAGUUAAAUUCAAAUACAAAGGCAUUCUCUGAUAGUAAUAAGGGAUGGUUGAAACCAUCAAAGCGUGAUAAGGAUGGAGACGAUGAGUCAGAAGAGGAAGAAGAAAAGUUGACAGCUUUUGAAAAAAAGAGUAUCAAUGCUGCCAAAAAGAGAAAGCAAAUCGAAGAAGACAAUACCAUAGAUAUUCAAAAUCAAAUGGCAAUUGAUAGAGAACAAAGAGACGAAACAUCAUCGGAACAAGAAGAAGACGAAUCUGAAGAGGAAUCAGAUGAAGAUAAUGUAUUACCAAGUGGAGAAAAGAUUGAAGAGGAACAAGUAUUGGGAGUCGACUUGCAAGAGGUCUACCAACGUAUCAAAGACAUUAUCAAUACUUUGGAUAACUUUUCCAAGGAACGUAAGAAGGGAAUGUCGCGUGAAGACUACAUGACUCGUCUCCGUGACGAUCUCGCCACCUACUUUGGAUACAAUACAUUUUUGAUUGAAGUCUUUUUAAAGUUGUUCAGAGUGUCUGAAUGCUUGGAGUUCUUGGAGGCCAACGAAACCCAACGUCCUCUUACCAUCCGUACCAACACUCUCAAGGCCCGUAGAAAAGACUUGGCUGACGCUCUCGGUGGACGUGGUGUCCAUCUCGAGCCCAUCAAAUGGUCGCCCGUCGGUCUCACCAUCUACGACACCCAGGUCGCGAUUGGUGCCACGCCCGAGUACCUCGCCGGCCACUACAUCCAGCAGUCGGCCUCCUCGUUCUUGCCCGUCGUCGCACUCGAGCCACAACCCGGAGAACGUAUCCUCGAUUUGUGCGCAUCGCCGGGUGGCAAGACCACCUAUGUCGCCGCGCUCAUGAAGAACACCGGCACCCUCGUCGCCAACGACAUCAACGAGGAGCGUAUGCGUUCGCUCGUCGCCAACAUCCACCGUCUCGGCGUUAAAAACACCAUCGUCUCGAACCUCGACGGUCGCGAGUACCCCAAGACCAUGGGUGGUUUCGAUCGUUGUUUGGUCGACGCUCCCUGCGUUGGUUUGGGUGUCAUUGCCAAGGACCAACAAAUCAAGCUGUCCAAGAGCCAGCGUGACGUUGAUCUCUGUGUAAAUAUGCAAAAAGAGUUGAUUCUCCACGCCAUCGACUCGGUCGACGCCAAGUCGCCAACCGGCGGUAUCAUUGUCUACUCGACCUGUUCGCUCACCGUCGAAGAAAACGAAGGUGUCGUCGACUAUGCCCUCAGAAAUCGUGACGUCAUCCUCCUCGACACUGGUGUCGAGUUUGGUGUCCAAGGUUUCACUGCCUACCGUCACCACCGUUUCCAUCCAUCCGUCGCAUUGACCAAGCGUUACUACCCACACACUCACAACAUGGAUGGUUUCUAUGUCGCCAAAUUCAAAAAGAUCUCAAAUGAAAUUAAAACUAAAAAGGCUCAAGAACAAGAAAACGACCAAGAAGAUGAACAAGACUAUGAAGAUGACGAAGAGGAGGAAGUAGAAAGCGGAUCAGAAGACCAAGAAGGAGAAUCAACUUCAUCAUCCAACGAAUUAGAGGAAUUAACACCCCAAAAAAUAGUAAAGAAACAAAAAAGAGAUAAUACCCCAAAGAUCAACAGUCACGAGGCCAAGAUUAAAAAGAUACAACAAGAGAAACAACAAUCAUUACAACAAAAGACUAAAACUUCUGGUAAAAAUAAGUAUAACAAAAAACCAACUCAACCAAAGAAUAAUAAUAAGAAAAAGGUUGUAACCAAGAAAUAA